AUGGCUUGCAUUAAAGUCCCUCCAUGCGACACGGAAGUAUUUUAUGGCGGUUACGAAGAUUGGCCCUCGUUUCGUGACAUGUUCACGGCCGUAUAUCUGAACCACCCUAAGCUAACCCCUGCUCAAAAGCUCUAUCACCUCCGAAACAAAACCAGAGCCUGGGAAGCCUUGCGUGCGCGUUAUGAAAACAAGCAAAUGUUAGCCGAUAACCAGUUGAAGACGCUAUUCAGUCUCCCGGCAGUUAACUCCGAAAACAGUGAGGCCAUUCAAAGAAUCCAAACCACAAUUAAUGAUUGUCUUUCUUCACUAAAUUCUCUAGGCGUUCCUGUCGCUAAUUGGGAUCCAAUUCUCAUUUAUUUUUGUUCGACGAAACUCCCAGAAGAAACCCUUUCACUCUGGGAGCAUUCGCUUAAAUCUCGUAAGGAACUACCAUUGUGGUCUCAUAUGAAUGAAUUCUUAACCAGUCGUUACGAAGUCCUAGAACGACUCAACAGUAUUCGAUCCACCAAGAAUCGGCAUUCCUUUCCACAACGCUCCAAUGAAAUUCAAGCCUUUCAUUCGAAAGAAAACCUUUCCUUUAAAUGUAAGCUCUGUAGUAACCCGCAUUCUCUAAAAGUUUGUUACAAUUUUCGACAACUUAGCGUACCAGAACGGAAAAAGUUCGUUGAAGAAAACGGGUAUUGUGUCAACUGCUUGGCAUAUAAUCAUGUCUUAAAGGACUGUCAAAGUACUUUUAAAUGCUUUCAAUGCAAAAGAUCACACCAUACCCUCUUGCACUCUGAGUCUAACCCACCAAAUAAGUCUUACGCUCAACGUCCGAUGACCCAAUCAGCCAACCACUCAACUUCGUUGUUGCACACGCAAUCAGCGCCAUCUACUCCAACUCAAUCUGACGAAACCCAAUCGAAACAUCCAAUUUUCGAGCUAUCGCAAAACAUCAGCCCUACUACAGAUGGGGCUCCAGCUGUUGUGCAAGCUAAUUUUUCUAGCAAUAACGAAACCACUCUACUGCCCACCGCAGUCGUGCAUGUUGAACAUCUAGGCGAAUUAUACUCGCUUAGAGCUUUCAUCGACCAAGGGUCACAAAAAACUUUCAUAUCUGAAAGAUCUCAGAAAAGGUUGCAACUUCCCACAACCAAAGAAAAUUUCUCUAUAACUGGAAUGGGCGGUUCAAUGGUCGAAAACGUCAAUCGAGUUUGCAAACUCGUUCUUGUUUCCAAAAAAACCAACACCCGCAUAGAAGCCCAGGCAAUUGUACUACACAAAUUAACCAGUUUUCUCCCCACCUUCCACGUGAAAAAACCCAGUUUAGCCGUUGUAACAGACUUAGAUCUUGCUGAUCCAAAAUUCUUCAACCCUUCUCAAAUCGAUAUCGUCCUUGGCAGCGAUUUAAUGCCACAAAUUCUUCUAGAAGGAGUCAAACAUAACGUCUUCGGGAAUCUGUUAGCGCAAAACUCCAUAUUUGGGUGGUACCUGAGUGGACCGAUGAAACGAGAAGUGCUGUCAUCUUUUCAUACGCACGUCGUGGAGGACAAUAGUGAAAGCAUAAAUUCUCAACUAAAAAAAUUUUGGGAAAUCGAAGAAUUACCAGAUAAUCAGCAGCCAUCCGAAGACGAUAUCUUUUGUGAGACCUUCUUUGUUAACACAACAUACCGUCAACAUGACGGGCGCUAUGUUGUUCGUCUUCCCUUCAAAAGCACAUUUCCAUGUGGUCUCAGUCUCGGUCGUUCUCGUUUCCAAGCCAUGAAGCAAGCACUUCGCAUGGAACACACUCUUAACAAAAAUCCGAGCUUAAAAGAAGAGUACACUCAAGUAUUAGAGGAGUACUUGACGUUAGACCAUAUGAAACCUACCUCUUCCGAAGAAAUGUAUGAUAAUGGAACAUAUCAAUCCUUUUAUUUACCCCAUCAUUCGGUCAUUCGUGCCGAGAGCAAAUCCACCAAA